AUGUCUGGCAGCAACCCUGAAUCUACUACUUACCCUUUCUCAUCUCAUCCUGAACCUACCCUUUCUCGAUCAUCGUCUUUGAUGUCAAUGGAUAGCCCUUCACCUGCUGAAAAUGAUCCAUCAUCUUCUGCCUCAUCAAGAUCAAGAUUUAGAGGAAGAGCCUGGGUCCAUAUUUCCGAAAAUCCUGCCAUUGGUACCGGCCAAAACAGAACUGGCUUUUGGAAGUCUGUUCAUGACCAUUGGCGCUCGAUUGUUGAUAAUCGUAGUCCUGUACGUUCGAUUGAAUCAUUGGAAGCACGGUGGAAAGUUAUCCAGUACGAAGUCUCAAAGUUUAUCGGCUUCGUUGAGGCGGCUAAAGGUCGCAGUGGAUGCAAUGGGGCUGAUGAGAUCAAUGCUGCCCGUCAACUAUUCCGUGAGAGCACAGCAGCAGCUGGAAAACCAGGAAAGGAGUUUCAGUUCAUGCAUUGCUAUGAGUAUCUCAAAGAAUGCCAGAAGUUCAGCACUCGAUAUAUACAAAAAACGCAGCCAGCAGUUGUCGAGUCGGUCGCAGAUGAAGUGAGGCCAAUGGGAAACAAGAAGGCAAAGGCCAAGCAAGCUGAAGAGCAUGCCAACAAAAGAAAGGCCGACGAGUUGCUCGAAGUGCAACAGGAACUUUCAAAAAUUGCACGCCAAAAGCUUGAAGUCGCCCAAGAAGCAUGCGAGCUUGAGAUUAUGUCAAAAGAUACCUCGACCAUGAAUCCUAUCGCCAAGCAGUAUUUUAUGAUGCGCCAACAGCAAGUCUUGGACGCAUAUAUGAAGAAGCAAGUACAGUCUCAGUCCGUAUCGAAUGGUGAUGGUGAUGCUGGGUUCGAUACACAAUAG